AUGUCCUCAAUUUCUGGCGGCCGUUCCCCGCGCUUCAUCCCCCCUCAGUCUGCCCAGCCAUACAGAUCUAUAUUUGGUGGUUCUAGCAGUCAAGAUGUUGCAGAUCUCCAGCCGUACCCGGAAUGGCAAGGGGAUGCCGAUUUUGGCUCUGAUGACUUCGAUGUGGCUAUGGAAGAUAUACCAAUAGUUGAGGAUGAUCAUCCUGAUGAUUCUACCUACAAAGAAAGUGACGAGGACGAGCCCGGGUCAGAAGCCGGAGGCUCUCAGCAGAGGAUUCCCCAAAGCACUGCGGAUGCCGCUACAGGUCACAGUGAUAUUGCUAGCCCACCAUCAUCUGCUGAAUACCGGCCCAAUAGAUUCCGCGGCAGUGAAUCGCAGUGGAGAAAACUGACUGCAGAAGAUAGACAGAAUGCUGAAGCUUUAGAAACCAUCCGGGCUAGAGACCUUGCAGCUCACUUGUACAACGCGUAUGCUUUACGAGUACGGGCCCGUGAGCUAGCAAGGCAAGCUGUCGAAGCUGGCGAACCAGAAGAUGAAAUCAAAGUCUUUGGUCCUCCUAAGCGAUGGGCAGCAUGGCCCAUGUCGGCUACGGAGGUACCUCGCGGAAACGAACAUGUCCGUAGAGGAGAAGACGAGGCGUGGACUUUGAGAAUGCAGCCGGAUCCUCGGCCAAGUGCCGAACUAGAGGAGUCACUUAUAGCUAUAAUGCUCAAGGACGCAAAGGAAAAAUUCCAGACUAGAUCUUGGGACGACAGACUUUCAUCAGUACAACAAUGGGCAAUGUCUCAAGCCAAUAUAGACAAUGAUACUGCCACCGACGGGGAACAGAAAAGCGAUCCAGAAUUUAUUCAUGAAAUUCUACUACGUCCUGUUGUUCAGGCUGAUGACGAAAAGUCACGACGCCAGUUGCGACCGCUGACCCGAAAUAUACUCACCCAAUUCGAUGACUUACUUAUGGCUCUUCACAACGCCCGCAAUGGUGGAGUGGGAGCGGACGACAGCUCGGCGAGUGAGUGGCAAACAGAUACAGAGAGUAUUGCCUCUAGCAUCUCAUCCCGCAAGAGAAGGACAAUAAAAAAUACCGCUGAGCGAAGUCAAUCGAGGGGUAGAAAGCGCACACGCAGGUCAUCCGCUCGAAGUGAGUCAAGCCGUCAACGUUCUCACAGUGGGCAUGCAUCAAGUGGACGAGCACCUUCUCGGCUUGGCUCACGUCGUCAAUCAAAAUCACAAAACUCAAGGCCGCGGGGGCGCUCAGCUGGCAGCGACCGCAAAAGAUCUGCAAGUCGUAUGCGUCUUGGCCUCCGCGACUGGAGCGAAGUACUAGGAAUCGCCUCUAUGAUCGGCUUUCCACCAGCCGUGAUAAUGCGUUCUUCACAAAGAUGUGCCGCUCUGUUUCGUGAGGAUAUGGAGUUCCGCGUUUUGCAAGAAGGUACCUUACAGCAAGUUCGGGACGGAGGUUCUUCUACCUGGGCCUACGCAGAAAAUGAGCCCGAGGAACCUGGAACUUCGCUGCCGCCUCCUUCGCCUCCUCCUACCAAACGAUCCCUCUCUCGCACGACUUCUGUGAAGAAAGCUUCUAGCACCCGAGCUACUAGCCCUGCUACUGAUCAUACCGACGAGGUGACCAGAGGCAAAGGCAAGGGUCAACACCGCAAACAAGAUCUAAUAUGCCCCGUCAGGACGUGUCCCCGGCAUAUCAAUGGGUUUGCACGGACAUGGAAUCUUAACUUACAUAUGAAACGCAUGCAUGCUGGUUAUCGCCCGAAGAGUACUGACUCAAAAUCCAAGUCUUCCGUGGUCGGCCCUGCUGGCGACACUGACAGUUAA